CUGCUCUGUAUCUCCCACAAUGGCGUCUUUUGACCAGGCACCUCCCGGCGACUCCAAGUCCGGCGAGAAAAUCUUCAAGACCAAGUGCGCUCAGUGCCAUACCGUCGAGAAAGGUGCCGGCCACAAACAAGGACCUAAUCUGAAUGGUUUGUUUGGAAGGCAGUCAGGCACUACUCCUGGAUACUCCUAUUCUGCUGCUAACAAGAGCAUGGCUGUGACUUGGGAGGAAAAGACCCUAUAUGAUUACUUGCUUAACCCCAAAAAGUAUAUUCCAGGGACAAAGAUGGUGUUUCCAGGUCUUAAGAAACCCCAGGAACGCGCUGAUCUUAUUGCAUAUCUGAAAGAAUCAACUGCACAGUAAAUUUUUGUUAAAGUUUUAUGAGAUUUAAUUGUUAGACAUUUAGUUCAGCCGGUGCAGUGAUUACUGUAUAAUUGGCGAAUAAAGUAGAUCACAUUGUUUGCAAUGCUAUUUUGUUCAUUUUGCAUUGCUUUUAUAAGAGGCUGCCGUAAUAUGGCGGGUGUAAUAUUCAAUCCAAUUAUCAGUUCAUUAUUGAAACAUUCACAUCGAUAUUCGGUUACCAGAAGCACAAUUAGUCAAUUACCACUCUUAA